AUGUGCUGGUGCUGGGGAAACUGGUGGAAUAGAGGUGCGUUUAAUGAAAAUGAUAAUAUCAUCGUAUACAUCGAUCUCUUACUUGAAGCGAUAAAGAAACUUCCAAAUCUAGGACCAGAAACCAUAAGAGAAAUUGAUGAGGUGCUUGCUUCUUUAAUUAAUGAUUUUAAUCAUUCUGAACCAAUCAGUAAAAAAAUUGAAAGCCUUGUUGCACAAUGUAAAAAAUUUGCCGAUAAUGAUAAACUGAAACCACUCAAAGAAGCAAAUGAUAAACUAAAGACGCAAAAUGCUGAUUUACUAGCUGAUAACAAGACCUUAACCGAUCAAAACAAAAAACUAUCUGAUAAAAAUGCGAAACUUCAAGAUGAUAACAAUAAACUCACGUUCGAGAACUUGAACUACGAAGAUACCUUAAAGAAAGUAAACACCGAUGCCAACUUAACCUUAGACUACUUUGCCGCAAAAUAUGAUAAAGAUGAUAAAAUUGAAGAAAAAAUGAAACUGAUAGUUUACUGGACAGAAAAAUUAUUUGAGGUAAAACCCAUUGAAACGAGAAGAAAAAAGUAA